AUGAAGGACUGCAGUGCGGACGCCAAGAUGACGCAAAGGUCCGAGAAACAGAUAGACACCGAAGCGGGGCGCAUUAGUGGCGGUGACAAAGUCAAGAACCGGGACAGCGGCAAGAAGGACAAACGAGGAAAGGAAAAGUAUUCCGCCGCUCAUGCAGCAGCACAGAGAAGUAAACUAAGCGUCCACGCUCUCGUGAAAAAGAUUGCAGCAGAUCGCCAGGAAACAGCUGCGGCGGUCAAGGUAGAAUCUGAGGUAGCAGACCGCCCAGUCGCUGUUUCGGGUACGGCUGACUCUGAAACCGUCAACUCUCUUUGUAAGGAAAAGAGUCCUGAGCCGUUUCCACGUGACGAUGGUCUCAUCAGGGGCCAUCAUCGGCGGGCAGCGAAGGAGGAAGCAUCCGCGGCCGCGCCGCCCGCUCGCCUUGGACCCCCUGGCGGCAAUCGUUAUUCCGCCUGUUCCCCAAGGAAGAGGUCCGUGGGGGAUGCGUCGUUUUUUCCAGAUGAUGUGAGAGAGCAGGAAGGAACGUCCCCUAGUGAGCUGUCUUCCUGUGAUGAGAGAAGUCUCCAAGAUGAAUGCUGUGGAUCUGACAACUUCAGUGGUUCAGACGCGGAUGCCCAAGAUUCAGGGGAUGGAGAAGACGCGUCGAAAUCGCCAUCGGAGUUACGGUCAGACGUGAACAAGGUGAAACUUGUCAUGUUCGACUUCGAGGAGUGUGACCCUAAAAGAUGCAGUGGGCGGAAGCUAUAUCGACACAGAAGAAUUCGUCUUAUCAAAGUACCUCAUGCACGACCGCCAGCGCGUGGUGCGCCACGCGCGAACGGAGGGCGAGCGGCUGGCGGAGGCGGAACUUAUGAACGAGUUCCUGAAGGUGGCCAGCGGCAUAGACUUCCCGUGGACAGGGUUGAGGCCUCUAGUCAUCACACCGUGGGAAGCACUGAAGGCAUCGGCCCUUCGUCCGAGGAGGGUGACCGCCCGGGGUCCCAAGACACGUGUACAGCUCCUGCGGAUCCAGGCAAUAUGCGUCGGCACUUGGAACCUGAAAGGGAUGUUGUAUCCACCUCUGAGGCCAGGACGACACUCAACGACGCUUGUCCUCGCAACGCACCUGGGAAACGACACGGCCGGAGAGGUGGUUUCAGAGGCAUUUUGCUUACCCCUUUCUUUAAAGAACAUAGCAAGCUCCUGAGUGUAGCGGACGGCCGGUUAAUAAAAGACGCCGGUCUCGCUGUUGUAGACUGCAGCUGGAACCGAGUAGAGGAAUACGGCAAAAGUUCGAGGAUCAGCUAUUCACGCGGACACGGCAGGUUUCUGCCGUAUCUGCUGGCGGCUAAUCCCACGCACUACGGCAGACCCUACGAGCUGAACUGUGUAGAGGCUCUCGCGGCCGCGUUGAUUAUCGUCGGAUAUGAGGAUCAGGCAUUAGAUCUGCUCAAACUUUUCAAAUGGGGAAUGAACUUCAUUUCUUUGAACGAAGCGGCUUUGAAGCAGUAUCGAAUGUACGGCGUCGAUGAGGAUUCAAUGGUGCAGACGGAGCAAAGCAUACUACAGGCUAUCACGAGACAGCGAGAAGCCGAGAAGCAGAUACCACUUCCAAUGCCUCCACAGUGCGAUUCAUCAGGAGAGCAUACGGAUGAGGUAUCAGACUGCGAUGACGACACAAGUGUCACGGUCAACUCCGGUACAGCCGAUUCCUCUUCUGGAGGCCAGCGGAACUGCGACACUGUCGCCAUUAAACGAUGA